CUCAUCAGGGCUCAGAUAAGGAGGGCUGGGCUUCUUUCUCAGUCACUUUGGCUUUGUUAAGUCUCAGAAUGGUCCCUCAGGACCCAGAUCAGCCUCAGAGGUUCCCGCUGUACCAUGGUCUUCUACGUACUCCUGGUUGCUCUUGCUCUUGGGAGUGCGGCUUUCCAACAAGCAAACACCACAAAGGAAUAUUUGGGAAAAGUGGUGAGGAACCAAGCAUUGGCUGCGUUCACAAACGGAAACAGUACAAUGAAAACUAUCAACGCCACCUCAGAUGCGUCUAAAGAGGAUAUGACAAUAUUUGAGGAUCAACUUCAAAACAACCAAACAUCCACGGUGGUCACGGAGGACGAUGAGAGAUUUCAGGAUCAGGAGUUUGCUCCAGAUUUCUCAACAACUCGGUGUGACAGAACACAGCUGACUCACGCCACAAAAUCCUUCUGUGCUGACCGUUUUCAUAUGGACAUGCAGACCAUCAGUGCAGACGACUGGUGUGUCCUAGAAAACAUUAUCGGACCCUACAAUGACUUGACUCUCUGCGUGGAGAUGGUGACCAACUUGGUCGGCUGCUACUUUCCAAACGCCGACGUUCAAGACCUCUUCCUGGUCAUCCACUCCACCUACUUCCACAACUGCAGUGAGGAGCGGCAGUUUGAAGACGCCCCUCAGAGCGUGGUGCUCGCCCUCACCAUCGUCCCCGUGAGCCUCAUCCCCGUCCUGGUUUGUCUGGUCAUUCGCAGAAGCUAGAGCCCCGAACGGAGAAGAUGUCAAACAACCACACAGUUACAAAAGUGGUGUUUUUGUCGUGUCAAACAUUUUCCACUGCUUCCCUUUAAAGCAGAGAGAUUUUCUGUCUGCAGGUCUGCUUUUGAACAUUUUAUAUGAGCAUCAGCACAAACCUUUACAUUCCUAAAGUCACUUCAAUGUGAAAGUUUGAUAUUAUUUAAACCAACAAAUUCUUUUCAAUUUCUGCAAGUGAAAGGAAAAAAAAAGAUCUCUCAGCCUUUUUUCUUGGCACAUUACAAAAAAACAGCAGCAGAUUGAGCGUCUCCAUCACUGGAAACUCGUAGACUGACUCUUGAUGACAUUUGGGCUUAAAUGUUCCUGGAGUUCACAGGAGUUUAAAACUCAAAAACAAGCAGCGGAGUCUAGUUUCUGACUCUGUUACUGAGUUCACCACUAACCUUCAUCUGUUGCUCUAAAAAAGGUGGAAUUU